UACCGUAACGGUUUUCUCAAGUAAAAAAAAAUAAAAAGCAGCAAAUUAACCUGGCUUCCUCAGUCCUCUGCUUCUUCACUCUCCAUCUCUGAUACGAAUCCCUCCGCACAGAAGCCGUUUUGCCACGCAAAUGCGCGACAUGGAUUCUUCUCUUCCUUCUGAUCUCUCGUCCUCAUCAACUUAUCGACCUCCGCAUCGCCGUCCGAUCCUCGUUGGGCAGCUAAGAAGCGACGCCUCAGAGAUAAAGUCCGUAGGGUGCAAGCAAACUCGAAUUUCACCAGUUUCCGUUUUUCUUGAAUGUUCGUAAAUUUAGCUUAAUGGGUAUCCGUAAUAUUGAUCAGAAAUCUGGGGUUUUUAGCAAGAGUUUCUGGUUUUACUGAUUUGAGUUUGUUUUGGCUGAUUCUGUUAGUUUUUAUUCAUUAUUUCUUGUAGGUUUUGCACUUUCGUUUGUAUGAUGUUCAAACUGGUUUCUUGGUAAAAGUUUCACCGACACUUUUUGCGAUGCAUGCAUGAUACGAUUCUUUCUACUUCAUUAUCAUCAGUCUCAAGAUACAGUUACGUGUACUUGUAUCUUGCAUAAUCUUUUCAAGAGUUCAUCUUUCAAGUUUCAAAACUAUAUGAAAUUGUUUGGUGGUUUUCUUUGUAAGAAGGAUAUAAGACUCCGCAUCAAUGCUAAAUUCUGUGGACAGUGUGGAUGGAGUGAUGGAGAAUGAGACUACUGAAACGAGCACUUCAGGGUGCGGUUCUCUAAUUCUGGGAAUGGGAGCAUUGUCCCGAUUGACUGGAGACCCCAAAUAUGAAUCGGCAGCUUUAUGUGCUCUUCGUGAAUUAUGGGGCAUGUGGAGUUCGUUGAAUUUACUCGGUACAACGCUGGAUGUAUCAACUGGUGAAUGGAUUGUGUAUUCAUCUGGAAUUGGAGCUGGGGAUGACUAUCUAUUUAAGGGCCACAUCCUUUUUGGAAAUGGGGAGUUCUGGAGGAUGUUUCAUUCUGCUGUGCAGAAAUAUUUCAGACAUGGUCCAUGGUACAACAUUUCUUCCUAGCCUUUUUGAAUGCCUUAUUCAAUUCGUUAUUGGUACUUUCCAAGUGUUAAAAAUUUGGAUUCUAGCUGUAAGAUUAAGUUGAG